UAGCAACUCAUAACCCUCUGUUUACACAUUUCUUUGGCACGAACGCACGCUUUGCUGUGUUUGCUCUGAAUUGGAAGAUUCGAGAAACCCUACGACCCAGUAAAUCGACGACUUUGUUGCUUAAUUAUGCUCAGUCCUGGUGGACCAUUGUAGAUGUUCUUUUAGGGGUCUUUCCUCAAAGUUCAAAACAUUCUGAAUCCAAGUCAAAGUUGCUGGAGUCUAAUAAGCAUGCGUAGUAGAGGAGGGAAUGAUUUGACAAGGACCUCCUGUUGAUUAUCAAGUCAAUCCAUAAGUUGCUCUCAAACCCAACACAUCUGUUUCGGGAAUGCAGAAUAAUUCUGUAAGAAAUUAUCAUACAGGCCAGCCUGACUUUUCUACUGAGAAUAAGACUUCAAGUAUAGAGGUGCAUUUGAAGAGGGAUAGAUAUGGAUCAAAUGUAUAUGGUUUCCCCAUUCCUGCACAUAAUGAAGCUCAAGCGAAUAAUGGGAUAAGACCUUACAUCCAGGAUGAAACAAUUGACCCCAAAUUCAGUGAGCGGAUCCAACCCAACCAAGAAAUGGACCCGCCUCAUGAGCAAGACAUGGAAAUCGGAUAUGAAGACAGUCCACCACCACCAACUUAUGAGCGUCUUGAACAAAGAUUUAUUGAUGAAAUCGUGAAAUUGGCCAGGGAGAGAAGUGAUGCAGAGGAUGCAGAAUUUACUAGGCACAAAGAGAGAAUACUUGAGAUAGACAGAGAGUACAGGGAGAAGUUAUCUUCACUCAGAGCUCAACAAGCAACCCGGAGAGAAGAGUUUCUCAGUAAGGAAUUACAGACAAGAUUGAAUCAGUAUCAUGAAGGUAAAAGAAAACACUGCCCCAAUAUGAAGGUGCCAGAUGUCCAUGGCUAUGUAACAUUCACUGCAGGAGAAUCAAUUAGUAGGUUUGGUGGUGGUACUGAGUAUAAACAUGAUGGAGAACAAACCAAGUGUUUAUCAAGUGGGAGAAGUCAAGGAAGUGAGGUAAGGGUUCCAUUGCCCCCUGGUCGUGUUUACAACAACAGUGCUGUAUAUAACAACACUUAAUCCUACCCCAUCACCCUCUAUCACUUGGAGUGAGAAUCAGAUAUCCCUCUCAUAUGCUAACAAAUCUUCCCCGAAGAAAGAACCGUCUUUUAUGUAUGACUGAAAUUUGUGUUAUGCAUUGCAUAUUCUUAACGUGCAAGUAGAA